CUCCGCACUGGGGGACUUGAGGGCGCAGCAAGGGACUGAGCCGAACUGGACGCGCCACGCCGACGCCUCUCAAGGCAAGAGGGACUGUGGCUCGGCCACGGCGCCGCUCGCGAUUCCCGGUCCCGCACGGCUGGCUCUCCCCGCGGCGCGACCUCGCUCCUCACCCGGAGCGCCGCGAUGGAGGUCCCGCCCCGGCUCUCGCAAGUGCCGCCGCCGCCGCCAUUGUUCCCCUCCGCUCCCGCUCCUUCGGCCUCCCGCAGCCUCUCCCAUUGGCGGCCGCGGGCUCCCCGGCAGCUCGCCCCGCUCCUCCCUUCGCUCGCUGCCAGCGCCUCCCGGCAGGGGGCGCGCCGGAGCCCGCGCCACGUCACCGCCCAGCAGCCCUCCCGAUUGGCGGGCGGGGCGGCUAUAAAGGGAGGGCGCAGGCGGCGGCCGGAUCUCUUCCGCCGCCAUUUUAAAUCUAGCUCCAUACAACGCCCCGCCGCCGCCGCCGCCGGGACCCGGACUGCGCGCCAGCACCCCCUCGCCGACGGCUCCGCCACCAUGGAGGACAUGAAUGAGUACAGCAACAUAGAGGAGUUCGCAGAGGGAUCCAAGAUCAACGCGAGCAAGAACCAGCAGGAUGACGGUAAAAUGUUUAUUGGAGGCUUGAGCUGGGAUACAAGCAAGAAAGAUCUGACUGAGUAUUUGUCUCGAUUUGGGGAAGUGGUAGACUGCACAAUUAAAACAGACCCAGUCACUGGAAGAUCGAGAGGGUUUGGAUUUGUGCUUUUCAAAGAUGCUGCUAGCGUGGAUAAGGUUUUGGAACUGAAAGAACACAAACUGGAUGGCAAAUUGAUAGACCCCAAAAGGGCCAAAGCUUUAAAGGGGAAAGAACCCCCUAAAAAGGUCUUUGUGGGUGGAUUGAGCCCAGAUACUUCAGAAGAACAAAUUAAAGAAUAUUUUGGAGCCUUUGGAGAGAUAGAAAAUAUUGAGCUUCCCAUGGAUACAAAAACAAAUGAAAGAAGAGGAUUCUGUUUUAUCACAUACACAGAUGAAGAGCCAGUAAAGAAACUGUUAGAAAGUAGAUACCAUCAAAUAGGUUCUGGGAAGUGCGAAAUCAAAGUUGCACAACCCAAAGAAGUGUACAGGCAGCAGCAGCAGCAACAGAAAGGAGGCAGAGGGGCUGCAGCCGGCGGAAGAGGUGGUGCCAGGGGGCGUGGAAGAGGUCAGGGCCAAAACUGGAACCAAGGAUUUAAUAACUAUUAUGAUCAAGGAUAUGGAAAUUAUAAUAGUGCCUAUGGUGGUGAUCAGAACUAUAGUGGCUAUGGCGGCUAUGAUUAUACUGGGUAUAACUAUGGGAGCUAUGGAUAUGGACAGGGAUAUGCAGACUACAGCGGUCAGCAGAGCACUUACGGCAAGGCGUCCCGCGGGGGCGGCAAUCACCAGAACAAUUACCAGCCCUACUAAAGGAGGACGCUGGGAGAGCAGCGGGAACUUCAUUGCAGGCCGUGUGUCACCCUGACCACGUCUAUCUCUGGGGGUCGCACGUUGCGGGCAGAGCGCAAGGCAUACACCAGAAAACGCUGUCCUGUGGUAUGGUCUCUUCCAACUUCAUGUACCAGCGUAAAGAUUAAAGUGGAAAACUUCAGACUUUGGCUUCUUUUUUAAUCUUUUUGGAGAUUAAGUGUCUAAACUUAACUUAAAUGGUUUUUUACAGGAGUUAAAGUGCAUAAAUGCCUUUUUACAGCUUAAUCAUUUUGGUCUUCUGUUUAGUGUUGUAUUUCAAUUGUGGAGCCUCAUUUUAAGUGUUCAUUCUUUAAGAUUUAAUGCUUGCUUUUUCUUUUUAUAGCUAAUAGUGAAAUCUACAAACCAAAACAAGAACUUUUAAAUCUGGGCUAUAAGUUAAAGAUCAUAUGCACAAAGCAAUUGGUUACCAUGUUGCCGUUAUAAACCUACCUGGAAUCUGUCGGUAGUGGCGUCCAGCUGGCUUACUAGGGGUGCUUCUAGUUGGCCCUCACUCGCUAGAUGCAAAACAGGGAAGAUUGCAUUCCCGUGUUCUAAAUUAGAUCUAUUCCGUGUCAUUUGGAACUCCAGUGAGUUUCAGUGCCCAAACUAUACUUUGCUGAUGAACAUGCAUGUGAUCUUUAAUUGAAGUGAGGACUUAAGCAGUUCAUGAAAGUGGACCUUUGCACGCUUGUGGGGACUGCACACAUCUAAUGAGUGUUUUGUUUUUG